AUGACGCCGAAUACCGGCCCUGAGUCUAGUGGUGGUCAUGCUCAUAACCAGUAUUACAGCUAUGAUGAUAAUCCCGAUCCCUAUGGUCACCAGGAUCAGGAAGAGGGUGACAGGGUACCACUAAACCCUAGUGGUGGACCUGAUGGUCUCGGUCAUAUGCCUUCACCAAAUCCAUACCAAGGUGGCAUGGACCAGUCAGGCAUGGGUUUUGGGAACCAUGAUGUCCAUGGUGGACCACCUGGAGGACCCCAGGGAUAUGCUGAGGAUGACCAGUACUAUGAGUAUCCUAUUGGUCAACAACAUCAUGAGCCUGUCGAUAAUCAGUACUAUGAUCCAUAUGCACAUACAGCCGCCACGCCAGGAGUUGGAGUUGGUCCUAUUCCUGGCAUGAAUCCUAUGAAUCAUGUACCACCGCCAAUGCCCGGUCCACCACCUGCACCGAUUCCACCUCCUCAACCGGCUAUGCCUUAUGAUACACAUCCAAUAAAUCCAUAUUCCAAUCCCCCGACCAAUCCAUAUGGAAACCCAUUUGAAAACGAACCGGCUUUUGAGUCACAAUACAACUUACCUCAAGAACCAGAGUCAUACCUGUUAAAACCUGUAUAUCCACCACCACAGCCGUUACAUCAUGCAAUGGAUACAAAUCACUCACCAUUUUCUUCGUACUUCGGAAGCACAAACGACGAUGUUGACGAUUUCCAUCCCUUCCCGGUGCAAGGAGACCAGUAUGCUCUGAAUACUUAUGAAGAUGAUGACGAUACUGAAGAUAGUGACAGCUCGGAUGGCCGUGAUGACAGCUUUGCAUACCAACCGCCAGUAGCACCACAACCAAUUCCUGCCGGUGCUGCUGUAAGUGGUAUGCCAUUGCCUUCAGGACCCACCCCACCUCCAAUCAUGGGAGCACCUCUGCCGGUAGCUCCACCUCCUAAUAUGCAACCACGACGAGCCAAGACAAUGAAAAGAGUGCGUCUUUUCAAGGGUAACCUUGUUCUCGACUGUCCUGUAUCAGGAACCCUAUUGUCACAGUUCCCUGAUGAUUUGGAGGGUCAACGUGAGUUUACCCAUAUGAGAUACUCGGCUGCCACAUGUGACCCAAAGGAUUUCAAGCUGAACGGAUUCACAAUGCGACAAAAUUGUUACACACAUCCACGAGCGACUGAACUAUUUAUUGUUAUUACUAUUUACAAUGAGAGUGAUAUUUUACUGGGCAAGACGCUACAAGGUGUAUUUAGAAAUAUUAAACAUUUGUCGAGUCGAACAAGAUCCAAGACUUGGGGAAAGGAUGCUUGGAAAAAAGUGGUUGUGUGCGUCGUUGCAGAUGGUCGUGAAAAGCUCAACCCGAGAGCCAGAGCUUUGAUGGCUGCCUUGGGUGUUUAUCAGGAUGGUCUAGCUAAAAAUAUGGUUAAUGACCGUCCUGUAGAUGCGCACAUUUACGAAUAUACCACUCGAGUGGGUAUUAGCCAUGUCGACACCACAGUUAAGCUCGUUACUGAAAAGACCGUUCCAGUGCAGAUGAUUUUCUGUUUAAAAGAACACAACAAGAAGAAGAUUAAUUCUCAUCGAUGGUUUUUCCAAGCAUUUGGUCCUAUUUUGAAUCCUAAUAUUUGUGUUCUACUUGAUGCUGGUACUCAACCCGGUCAUGACUCGAUUUAUCAUUUGUGGAAAGCCUUUGAUGUGAAUCCUCAUGUUGGUGGUGCUUGUGGUGAGAUCACUGCUGGUCUCGGAACUGGUUUUAGAAAGCUUUUAAACCCUCUAGUAGCAGCACAGAACUUUGAGUACAAAAUGUCCAAUAUUCUCGACAAACCUCUAGAGAGUGUAUUUGGUUUUAUUAGUGUGUUGCCAGGUGCAUUUUCAGCAUACCGGUAUGUUGCUUUACAGAAUGAGCCUCUAGAGAAGUAUUUUAAGGGUGAGACUUUACACGACUCUGGUGCAGGUAUUUUUACAGCCAACAUGUAUCUUGCCGAGGAUCGUAUUUUAUGUUAUGAGCUGGUUGCCAAGCGAGGUGACCGUUGGCUACUCAAAUAUGUGAAAUCAGCGCAUGCCGAGACAGAUGUACCAGAUAAACUGGAUGAGUUGGUGCUACAACGUAGAAGAUGGUUGAAUGGUUCGUUUUUUGCCGCUGUCUAUGCACAAGUACACAUGUUUGCCAUUUGGCGGUCGAGUCAUAGCAUUUUGAGAAAAUUAUCACUUCAUCUGGAAUUCCUUUAUCAAAUGGUAUCUAUGCUCUUUUCAUGGUUUUCAAUUGGUAACUAUUUUCUUGUAUUCCGUAUUUUGACCAGUUCGCUCAGUGACUCGAGUCUUGGAUUUGCUCCGGGAAAGAUUUUGUCUGUUUUGUUCUUAUGGAUCUAUGCUGGCUGUUUGGUGACGAUUUUCGUGCUCUCAUUCGGAAACCGACCAAGCGGUACUGCUCAUUUCUAUUAUGCCAUUGUGGCAUUUUUUGCAUUUUUAAUGGCUUAUCUAAUGUUUGCAGCCAUUUAUAUUUCGGUUAAGUCAGUUGAGUAUGCAAUUUGUGCAAAUGGAGGCUUCUCGCCAGCUCUGGUCGUCAAGAAUCAGACUUUCCGCGAUCUUGUCAUCUCUAUCCUUUCGACGUAUGCGCUGUACUUUAUCUCGUCGUUCCUGUUUUUCGAACCAUGGCAUAUGUUUACAAGUUUUUUGCAGUAUCUCUUGAUUAGUCCUUCUUACAUCAAUGUCUUGAACGUAUAUGCAUUUUGUAAUAUCCACGAUAUUUCAUGGGGUACAAAAGGUGAUACUUCACAGAAAAUGGAUUUGGGUGUGGCCAAAUUGAAGACUACUCAGUCUAAAAAAGAGAUUCUUGAAGUCGAUGUUCCUACUAGUAAGGAGGAAAUCAACUCUUCCUAUCUCAACCAAAUCAGCCUUCUCCGAGAUGAAGCCAAAGAAGAGAAAAAGGUUGUCUCAAAAGAAGACAAAAAUAUUGAUUAUUAUGCACAAUUUCGGUCUGCUGUCGUACUUAGUUGGAUCUUUACGAAUGUCGCUCUUGUUGCUGUAGUUCUGAACACAGCAGGACUGAACGUUUUUAAUAGUAACAGCAAUUCGUCGAAUCCUAACUCUGGAACGUUAAAGCGUGGAUUAGACAUGGGCAUUGAACUUCUUAAAAGGCAAACCCCAGCGGCUCCUGCGUCUCCAGCACCAGCAGCCGGUGCUGGAUCUGGAUCCUGUAGUUCUAUUGGCGUUGGUGAAGAUGUUCAAACUCAGAUUUAUCUAUCAGUCAUCCUAUGGUCAGUCGCUGCACUUGCAGCCUUCCGUUUCAUCGGCUCUGUAUGGUACCUUGUACUUCGUCUCAUGGGUCGCUAA